GUGUAAACAAACAAACAAAUAGUAAGCAAUGCGAAGAAACAUUUCCACCAUACAGCAAUGAGGCUGAGCUUCUUCAGAGCAUCGUUGUGAGUGAUGCUGUAAUGCAGUGCAGCCACUCGUUGGCUGUCUGCCGAUCACGUCAUCAUCUGUCAUUGCUUCAGCUGUAAGAAGAAACAAGUGUAUGAACUCCUAGUAACUCAUACAACAGAGUCUGCAGCCUAGGAGACGGAUUACAAUAUCAAUCCUCAGACGGAACCAAGUUUUCCAUCACUCAUCAUCUCGGCUAUUCUGUGCUCACUGUAACCUAAUGGUUGUCCGAAUGUAAAUGGAUUGUAAUGCUAACAUUAUGAAUAUUCCAAAAUUUUGCGUCGUAGCACAAUUUCUUCUUUAUCUUAACGUCUUUAAAGUAAACUUUGUGAACUCAUUUGAGAUGGACGGUGAUAUUCCUGCAACCGAAGCGGCGUAUCUCAAUCCGGCACGAGACAUGAUGACCAUUAAUAUGCACAGAGUUUAUGACAAAUACAGCAAGAAGCAUCGCCAUCAUCACGAACAACAGGACGUGAAUACGAUCAGAAGCUUCAGAUGCGUCCCAGAGUUCUCCCACCACAAGAUUUUGUUUGACUUCAACCUGACCUCUAUCCCUGAUUCGGAAGUCAUUCUGAAUUCAGUUCUACAUUUUCCUGACCAUCAAGCCCGUCAGCGGCCCUGGGGAUGUCGACGCGCCCACGGAGCUGCAUGUCGCCUCCAGUACCUUCAGCCACUAACCCUAUCGCAUCUCAUUAUUAAGGGCACAUCACCAAAUGCUGCCAUUCCCUCUCAGCUGUCAAACAUCAAGUUGUCCUCUAGCAGAAAGGGGCUUUGGCAGAUUGUGGAUGUAACAUCAGCCAUCAAACAAGCCCAGGUUCAGGGUGAGCUAUUGAUCACUGCCGAGUUUCACUUUGGAAACAGAUUCCAGAGACGCCAAGAUCGCUUGUCUCAUCACAGUUUGCCAUUUAUUCUUGUGUAUACCAAUGACAUUGCCAUAACCGAACCAAACAGUGUUGCAAUCACUUUGCAGAGAUACAGUCCGUCUCAUGUGAGUGAGGAGAAGGCAACUAAACCUCACUCAGCUGUGUUAAGUUCUAGAAGUAGGAGAGGUGUGGACCACAUCAAGAGUAAUUAUCUACCCGAUGUCCAGGAUAAUGAUCUGAAGAACAGGGAAUUAUGGGACAGUGUGUUUGUCGCAAAGAAGCCCAAACCUUUACCAAAGGGCCAGGAGCAUCAUGAGGGGUUGAGAGGAUCCCAGGAGCUCAGCUUUGAUGAGAAGACCAUGAAAAAAGCUAGACGCAAGCAGUGGAGCGAGCCCCGAAUGUGUGCAAGACGCUAUCUGAGGGUUGACUUUGCUGACAUUGGUUGGAGUGAAUGGAUAUUAGCUCCAAAAGCAUUUGAUGCAUACUACUGUGCAGGAACGUGUGGAUUCCCAAUUCCUAAGGUUGUACAACCUUCCAAUCAUGCAACCAUUCAGAGUAUAGUGAGAGCUGUGGGCAUUGUCCCUGGUGUCCCAGAGCCGUGCUGCGUACCUGACAAGAUGAGCUCUCUGGCUGUGCUGUAUCUUGACACGAGCAGGAACAUGGUACUGAAGGUCUAUCCUAGCAUGUCUGUGGAGACCUGUGCCUGUCGAUAAACAAACCAAUGGACAGAUAAACAUAGACACACCCAUAAAAACACUUUGAACUCAGCUCAAGAGAGGGGGAGAACUGUACAUACUGAAGCACCUCAUAUGAUAAAAAAUGAACUUUAUUGUGUAUGCAAAUGAGACCUUAAAAUCUUUAUAGAACCUUUGCACACACACACACACACACAAA